GAACGUUUGGACAACUAAGUAUAAACGCAUUCUACAGGCUUACUUACAUCAAGCUCACAUGAGACCCAUCUCGUCUCUUCUUGCUACCCACGGUGAUUUUUGGGAUCCUGCACAAGUAAUCCCAAUACUUACUCUUAUCGAGACGAUCAAACCUUCCACGCUGCCAGCCGAUUUAACUUAUCACACUGCUAUCAGACGUAGGUUGAGUACAACCUUUUUAGCCGGUCUGAUAUCGGACCACAACCAUUAAGAACUCACUAACACCAUGAAGGCGAUUUGGCUGGACUGCGACCCAGGACAUGACGAUGCGACCGCUAUCAUGCUGGCCGUGCAUUGCAGCAAUGUUUCGCUGCUAGGUGUCUCAACGGUGCAUGGGAACGCUAGUCACUACAAUAUUCAACUAAAUGCUGCCAGAUGUUUGGAGGCAUUUGGAGCCGAUCCUUCUAUCAAGGUAUACCCUGGUGCAGUCAAACCGCUCAUCAGGCCAGUGCGGUAUGACUCAGAGAUUCAUGGUGGGGACGGACUUGGUGGCGUGGAGGGACUCCCUUCGCCUGACGAUCCUCGCAUUUGCGAACGUCUGAACCACCCCGGCGGUCCUGUACGUGCCAUAGAAGCUAUCGCUAAAGCCAUUAAGGAGUCUUGGAAGGAUGGCUCUGGGGAACGCGUGGUCGUGAUCUCUUCGGGCCCAAUGACGAACAUAGCGUUGUUUGUCAGUGUAUAUCCAGAGCUAUUGGGCGGCGUGGAAGAGUUUGUAUUCAUGGGAGGCGCCGUAGGACUCGGAAAUCGCUCUGCUGUUGCUGAAUUCAACAUCCUUUGUGAUCCGGAGGCCGCACAGAUUGUCCUCGAUGCGCCCGUCAAAAAGAUCAUGAUCCCGCUGAAUGUAACGCACACUGCAAUCUUCACGAAGGCACACCAUUCUAGCCUUUUAAACUCCGAAAUCAUUCAGGAUAUCGCUGAAUCGACUUCUGAGCUCUUGAAAGCCUCUUCGCCUUUACGGCACAUGCUUUCGACGCUCCUUGGCUUUUUCGCGUCAACCUACAAGUCAACCUUCGGAUUCCACCUUGGUCCACCCAUACAUGACGCUCUGACUGUGGCUUAUGUCUCACAACCAGAGCUAUUCAGGUGUACGCGAUAUCGAGUGGACGUUGAGCUGAAUGGAACUCAUACAUCUGGGGAGACCGUUGUCGAUAUCUGGAACUAUCGGGAAACUGACGACACCUGGGGCAACACUGGAAAGAACACAUUGGUGGCUGAGACACUUGAUGUCGACGGGUUCUUCAAACUAUUCAUGGAAUGUGUUGUAAGCUGCGAUAAAGUGUCUCCACUUAAUCAUUGAAUUGUGUCACGUCACGCGUAUACUACACCAGACACGGGAUAUAAUUGUCGAUGCUCCUCCGAAUUAUAAAGACUAUUGAGGAAAAGCCUGUCGUACAAGGGUUUACGUCGUUAACGGAUGUGUCAUCCCCGUCUGCAUGCGGUACUACACAAUAUAAGCACGUGUUCAAAGCCUCAUG